AUGCUUAGUAGUUUGGAUUCUGAGGUGCAGCUCGAUUUAGGGCCAGAGUCGGGUCCGCAUCAAGAGUCGCAAGCUGAAUCACAAUUUGGAUAUGGAUCGCAAACUGAGUCUCAGUUCGAAUUGCCGUUUGAAUCACAGUUUGAGUCGCAACUUGAUUCGCAGCUUAACCCUCAAAAUGAUAAGAGUAAGCAUUUAAUACCUCGUAUGUAUGGGGUGUACUUGUUAAAGUCAUUGCCAAAAAAAUCGUGUUUCUAUGUCGGUUCAACCCCCGAUCCUCAUCGACGAUUGAGGCAACAUAAUGGCGAGUUGGCUCGUGGUGGGGCAUACCGGACAAAGAAGAAAGGUUAUCGCCCCUGGAGAAUGGUGUUUUAUGUUUUUGGGUUUCCAAACAAAAUAAGUGCCUUACAGUUUGAACACGCUUGGCAGCACGCCUACCAAACUCGACAUAUUCCGUUUGAAAAAAGAUUGAAUCCGGGGAAAAGAAACACCGGCAGUGGUACCAGUCUCCAUAGUAAGAUUGCAAAUUGCAGAUUACUGUUGAACUCUAAAGGUUUCAACAGACUCGGCUUGAAGGUGGUUAUAUUCGAUAAUUCUGUUUACGAUGUGUGGCUUAAGAACAAAUUUGGUAUCCCAGUACUUGAAGAUAUACAGAUUGAUGUAAGAAUUGCUAACUUGACAGAAGAAACUACCACCACUACCACUGCUGCUGACGGGGCUAUCGCCAGUGGCAACUACAACCAGUUGAAAGAGUUCAUGGAAUACAAUAGCUCUUUGAAUGAGGAGUACUUUCAGAAAUGUAAGGAGUUGUACGGCAAGCCUGAUGAACUGAGAACGUGUAAGGUUUGUGACAAGCAGGUUGACGUUGAGGAUGGCUUCCACACCAUGUGUGUCUGCGGACACCGUGACUGCACAUGCAUUUACCACCUCUCUUGCCUAUCUGGAAAAUUUCUUGAAGAAGAAGAGGAGAAAAUAGCGGAAGGUAGUGCAGAUGAACUCCAUGUUCUACCAAAAAAAGGGAAAUGCAUAGGGUGCAAUAAGAUUAACUUUUGGAACUUGGUUAUUCGGGGCGCAAUGAACUUGCAAAAAAAUAUAUAG